AUUAUAAGCUCCAAUGGCUGCAAAGCAAACAGAGUUGACAGACGAAGGGAAAGACGAUGGAGAUGAGGAAUUUGAAGAUGCAACGGAAACAAUACCAUUGCCUGAUGAUUGGACGCUAUCCACCAUGAUUGACCAGACAAGAAUGGCCUUACAUCUGUUCCUCAACAACAGAUUCUCUGAGGCCAAAAACCGAAUGGAACCAUUUGCUGACAGAAGUAUGUACCAUGCCCUAGGUUACAGUACCAUUCUGUAUAUACAGGCUGUUAUGACAUUUGAUAUGCAAGAUAUAGAUCAAGCUAUUCAAGCUUUAAAGAAAGCCAUAGCUGUGUGUGAUCGAUAUAGACACAAGUUCUCCAUGCUGGAAAGUCUGUCCAAAUCCAGAUCUAGGGCUAUUUAUAAUGAUCUCACUGAAGAGGAAAUCCAUGCUGAGCUGUGUUAUGCAGAAUGUCUACUCCUUCGAGCUUUGCUGUCAUUUGUUCAAGAUGAAAAUUUAUUGAGCUUUGUCAAAGGAGGACUAAAAAUAAGAGAAUGCUAUAAAAUUUAUAAAGAAUGUAAUAAAAUGAUGGAAAGGCCGAAAUUCACAGAGGAGAGACAAAAGGCACAUUUUGCAACAGGUGUUAAAAUGGGUGUUGGAACUUUUAAUCUUAUGAUCUCACUGUUACCUAGUAAAAUUCUCAAGCUGCUUGAAUUUGUUGGUUUCUCUGGAAACAAGAUGUAUGGGUUGAAAUGUUUAUCUGAAGGCAGCUAUGAUCUUGCUAGUCUACGAGGCCCACUGUGUUCUAUAAUAAUGAUGGCAUACCACACUGUUGUCUGUUAUAUCUUAGGACUUGCAGAUGGUGACAUCAAUUAUGCAGCAGAAUUGUUAAAACCUUGUCUGGAACAGUACCCCAAGGGUGCACUGUUCCUGUUUUUUGCUGGAAGGAUUGAGGAAGUGAGAGGGAACAUUGAUCAGGCCAUUGUAAAAUUUGAGGAAUCCAUAGAAUGCCAGCAGGAAUGGAGACAGUUCCAUCAUUUAGGUUACUGGGAACUCAUGUGGUGUCACUGCUUCAAAGGAGACUGGUUGAUGGCGAUGAAAUAUGCAGAAAAGUUGUGUAAGGAGAGUCGUUGGAGUAAGGCGACAUAUACGUACCAGAAGGCGUCAUUUCUCCAGAUGUGUGAUGACCAGACAGAGGAAACAAAGGAGCACAUACAAUUACUGUUCAAAAAUGUUCCAAGAUUAAAGCAGAGAAUUGCUGGGAAAUCUAUACCAAUAGAGAAAUUUUCAGUACACAAAGUCAAAAGAAUCCUUGAACACAAAGUUGACAUUGUUUUGCCAGCAUUGGAACUGGUUUAUGUGUGGAAUGGCUUCAGUAUCUUAGGGAAAAAAGAAGAAUUGGUAGAUCCUGUAUUGACUAUUGUAGAGCGUACAAUAAAUGACAUCCUGAAGGGCUCUGAAACAGAUCCAUUUUAUCAUGACAACUAUUCCUUGGUCAUUCUUCUGAAGGGAGCAUGUUUGAAAUGUAAGGGUCAAUACCUACAGGCAGAACAGUGCUUCAAAGAAGUCCUGCAAAGGGAAAAACUGAUCAAACAUGACACCUACCUGGUACCCUACACUACAGUAGAACUGGCUCUGCUGAACCUGAAACUGGGUGACAAGGCACAGGCUCUGCAGUACCUAGAUCAGGCAAAGAAAAAUUACAAAGGCUAUUUGUUAGAGUCCAGACUACACUUUAGAAUCCAUGCUGUCAGGCUUCAGCUGAAUGGUUCCAAUAAUGGCAGUGUGCCAGUAGAAAAUGACCUGGACUCCGAUCUAGUUCUAAAUGAAGAAUCAAAUACCACUGAUGUACCAAACGACGAGGACGCUCCUUCAGUGUCCACAAAGCUAUAACAGGGAUAGCUGACAGUUAGAUAGUAUAUAUUGUUUGACUAGUCUUCGCUGGACCAGUGACAGUUCAGAUUACUCAUCUUUUAGUGUUCACUGAAUUCGUCAUAAUAAGAGUCUUGUGUAUUUUAAAUUUUAAAACCAUUCCCAAAGUAACUCUAAAAUUAGAAACUGUGAUAUCUUUGUCCUUUGAGACACAUUCCACUGUGAUCUCCAUGUUUUUGACAAUGUGUUAAAGUAGAAAUGAGGUGUUUUUUU